AAUGGUCACAAUUCGGUUGAUGCUGUCAAGUUGUGCACCCGUGCUGUGCUCCAGGUGUACCCGGGACUCUUUUGGCGUGAGUGGUGCUACGUCUUGUGAGACCCGUGCUACGAUUACCCCUCGUAGAAGCGAGUACCAGUGAAAAGCUCAAGUGCGUGAAUGAGCUGUCGGUGACGCGUGAUCUGCACAUCAGCCAGCAGGAAGAUGAAGCCGCGGGGGGCAAGCGUCAUGCACGCCUUCACAGCCCUCACUAUGCUAACUAUGGCCAAUGCCCAAACAACUUGUAACCAAGGUAUGGGCCGAGUUAUGUACGAGCGACUACCGAAUCAACAGUUACAUGGAUUUGACGAUGAUGUCGUACGAGAAACUGCACCGCCAUUCCGCGUGUUGGAGAAAUGCCAGGAUCUAUGUUUACGUGAUAGAUCUGGAAACAGCCUAGUCAGGACCUGCAACUCUAUAGAUUUUCAACCAGGGGCCCGUAUAGCGGCCUUCAGUCCGGAACCAGAGUACGAGGAGUCAACAUGCUACUUAACCAGAGAGCAGGCUACACCUGAAGGGAUUGGGACUUUAAUGAUUGUCCCUAACAGUGUGCAUUUUAAUGAAAUUUGUCUCACGUCAAAUCGGCCAGAACGAGAAUGCCCGUCGCGUCGCUAUGUGUUUGAACGUCACGCACGGAAACGUUUGAAGCUACCGCCCUCAGACCUAAAGGAAAUCAUGGUCGCCAAUCGCACCGAAUGCGAGGACAAGUGCUUGGGAGAAUUCAGCUUUGUCUGCCGUUCUGCGACUUAUGAUUCGGCUUUAAGAACAUGCUCCCUCAGUAGAUUUACGAGACGCACCCACCCGGAGUUAUUGGAGGACGACCACAACGCUGAUUACUUGGAAAAUACAUGUCUUAAUGCGGAGCGCCGAUGUGACGGUUUAGCGGUUUUCAUCAAGGAAGAAAACAAACGCUUAGGUGGACCAUUCGAAGCCGAUAUAUUUUCGAACAUGACCUUGGAGGAAUGUCAAGCCAUGUGUGUGCGAGCUGAAAAGUACUUCUGCCGUUCUAUUGAGCACGACGCUAUGACUCGUCAGUGUGUUUUGUCAGAAGAAGAUUCAGUUUCACAGAAAGACGAUGUUACCGUCAGCGCUUCGCCUACGCAUCACUUCUACGAUCUUGUCUGCUUAGACAAUCUCUCUCAUCGGGUGACAGCUCGCGGCACGGAGUAUCCGGAUAACAGUGUGACGUCACACCUGUUUUCACCUGGACGCCGCCCGGAUACCGCUUUCCAACGAUACAGAAACAGUCGGAUAACCGGGGAGUUUCAUUCAGAGAUAACAGGGCGGUCACUAAGCGAAUGUCUAGAUGAAUGCUUGAGGCAGACUAGUUUCCAGUGCAGGUCAGCGGUUUAUAGCGAUCGAGCUAGAACUUGUCGACUGAGCAGAUACAACCAGAAGGAUGGAAUGCGGCUACUAUACGACCCAGAUUUCGAUUAUUACGAAAAUCUUAUGCAUCAACUAGUAACUGGGGAGACAGAGACAGGAUCUGGGUCCGGUUCGCAGACACCCUGGGGAAAACCGACCACAACAGGCGGGAGUAGCAACAGUGAUCGAGAUAGAUACCCACAAGGCGCAGACCGCUAUCCCGACGACGACCGAUACUCUGACGAUGAUCGGUACAGCAGCCGACCAGAUCGGUACCCAGAAGACCGGUACCCGGCUGGUUCGGACCCGGAUCGAUACCCACCGGGCGAUAGAUAUCCUGACGAUAGAUACCCCGAUGACAGAUACCCUCCUGGUGUUGGACCUGAAAGAUAUCCUGCUGAUCGAUAUCCUCCUGGAAUUGACCGAUAUCCUCCCAGCGUUGAUCGCUAUCCACCUGGCAUCGAUCGAUACCCAUCAGUAAUUGAUCGUUUUCCGCCUGGAGGUGACCGUUAUCCUCCUGGAAUUGACCGUUAUCCACCGGGAGCUGAUCGAUAUCCUGCGGGUAUUGAUCGCUAUCCUUCUAACGUAGAUAGAUACCCUGGUAGUCUCGAUAGGUAUCCUAGUAGGUAUCCCGCAUCCAACGGAGAACGGUUUCCUCUGGAUGGUGGACGCUAUCCCACUUACGAUCCAGUUCCAAAUGACCUCGGUAGAUAUCCUGCUGCAGAUCGGUACCCUAUUAGUAGAUACCCCAUCGAUGUUUAUCCAGAUAGAUACCCAACGAAUAGAUACCCAGAACGCUUUCCUGCUCGUGGAAGAUACCCGUCCAGACCCGGGUGGUAUUCCAACCAAUAUUCUGAUAGGUUUGACCAAGACAGAUAUUCUGGUUCUGACUGGGGUCGUUAUCCUUAUAGUCGGUAUCCUAUUGGAGUAAAUAGAGAUCCCGUACCCCUGGGUGGGGAUCGUUAUCCGGAUAUGUAUGAUAAAUACCCACCAACUGGAUCUUCAUAUCCUGGGUACAGUCGUGGAGGCUAUUACGGUCAAGAUUUUCCUGGAGCAGAUCGUUUUCCAGACAGAGGCGUGAGACCAGGACCGGAUAGAUUUCCUGCAGAACCCAGACCCAGUUUUGGAAUACGACGACCAAUAGAGAGACCAAAUGGGUAUCGUGGUACUUAUCCACAGCCAGGCUUAGAAAGACCGAUUGGUGGUCCUACAUACGGUGGUUAUGACAGUGAUGGUCCUAUCGGUCCAAUCGGUGGUCCUGCAGGUCAGAUAGGCCCUGUUGGUGGAUCGAUAGGGGGUGUGAUUGGUGGUCCGAUUGGAGGUCCAAUUGGUGGUCCUAUAGGAAGACCACCGCUUCAGCGACCAUGGCAAGGCUCAAGAUGUGAGGAGGACAGCUUCAGACAAGUUGGUAGACAACGCAUGCAGCGAAAAUAUGUACGUCGGUUUACGACAGCCCAGUCUUUGGCUCAUUGCCAACGAGAAUGCAUUGAAGCUCGUGACUUUAUAUGCCGAUCGUUUAACUUCAGGGACGUGGGUUUUGGUGUUGAACCACGUGAUAACUGCGAACUAAGCGACCGUGAUACCAGAGAGUUGGACGCAGCGAACCCAGCACAUUUCGACAAUACCGCCAAUGAAUAUGACUUUUAUGAGAGAGCUCUUGGACGCAUGGCUGAAGAAUGUUUGGAUGUAUCACAGGUCUGUAACGAAGAUGGAAUGGAGUUUACCCUUCGACUACCCGAAGGAUUCUACGGUCGCAUUUAUACAUACGGAUUUUAUGACAGAUGCUUCUUCAGGGGCAAUGGUGGUGUGGUUAAUUUAUUGCGUAUAUCUGGGGCCCAUGGUUAUCCGGAAUGCGGUACCCAAAGGUAUGGAGAUACCAUGACGAACAUUGUAGUGGUACAAUUCAGUGAUAAUGUUCAAACGUCUCGAGACAAAAGGUUCAAUUUGACCUGUCUCUUCCGGGGACCGGCAGAGGCUGUUGUCACCUCCAACUACAUAGGGGCAGGUUUCGCAUUCAAUUUGAUUGACAGAUCGGGGAGCCCUAUACCCAUUGAAUAUCUACCAGAAGAAAGCUCUCUGAACUCUAAAGUUCGUCUCAUGAUCUUAUAUCAAGGAAGGCCCACGACCACAAUAGCCGUUGGCGAUCCGCUUACAUUUAGACUCGAAGCUCAGGAUGGAUAUAAUUAUGCCACAGACAUAUUCGCUACGAACGUGAUCGCUAGAGAUCCUUAUUCAGGACGUUCUGUGCAGCUAAUUGAUAGAGUUGGAUGUCCAGUGGACCCGGAUGUGUUCCCGGAAUUGGAUAAGGGUCGCAAUGGUGAUUCCCUGGAGGCCAGAUUCAAUGCGUUCAAGAUACCAGAGUCUAAUUUCCUAGUGUUUGAGGCGACAGUUCGCACUUGUCGGGAUGGCUGUCAACCGGCGUACUGUCCGAGUCACACCGGUCGUUCGGAGCCUUCGUUCGGGAGACGACGUCGUGACGUUAACGCAACAAUCAGCUUUGAGGGCAACGACACAGUAAUACCGAAGUCUGAGGACGCAAACAAAACUGUAGAUAAACCUGACAAUAAUGAGGGUGCAGUCUAUAAGGUGUCAUACGAGGAAGCCGCUGUCGAUAAAUAUCUCAAGGACGAAGUCGAGACACCGAGUCAUGUCAGGAAAAUGAUUGAAGUGUUCGACAAUCGCAACGAGCUUCUAGAAGAGAACGGUUCGUCGGAUUCGUCUCCGGUUGUUUCGGCCGUCGGUGUAUGCGUUUCUCCUUACCAUUACCGCAGUCUGCUCGUCGCUCUCUGUGUACUACUGUCCUUAUUGUUGGCUAUGAUGACUGCUGCGCUUUACAUUUACAGGCGUUAUUGGAGAGUCGUUCGAAAGAAUAUUCAAGCAUCAUCGGCAGCUCCACCACUGCGCCCUGUAACUCCUGGACCCAGACCUACGAGACCUUCCUUAUUCUCGGCUUCACAUUUACACAAACCAUUCUCGCUCAGGUAA